AAACCCUUGGUAUAAAGAGGUAAAAAAGCAAAGAAACAUAAAAAAAAACAAGAAACGAAAACAGAACAGGGGAAUUCAGAGAGAAAGUCAAUCAACCCCACAACACAAAUAAUGACAGCCAACAACAUAAUCCCACCCAAUUUAAUUUAACCAAUUUAACCCUUCAACCAGUAGACCAUACAGCAGCAGGUCGAUCAUGAAUCCCUGCAAGGAUGAGGCAAAGUUCGAACACAGCAAACAAAACAAAGAUCCAGAAAUCGCAGAAAAUUUGUGGCUUGUGUUCUCUGUCGUUCUUCCCUUUGUGUGCACGCCGUCAAGCUUCGUUCUUCCUUGUGUUCGCCGUGAAGGCGUUUUCUUCCAUGUCUUCGCCGUUCAGCCGUAUUCCCUAUUCUUCCAUUUUUGUUCGCCGUCUACUGGGACAGAUUUGGGGAUUCCUCAAACCCAAAUCCUUCGAAUCCUAACUGGAACCUUUCUAGGGAGCCCCAAUCCACGAACCCGAUGCAGAUUCAGUAAAUUGCCCACAAAAACAGCAACGUAUUAAUCACAAUUCGAAAACCAGAGGCGAAGGGAAGAACAGAACGUAUCCGGAAGGUGAGGUGAAAUGGGAAGAAGAGAAGGAACCCUAAAACCAGAGGCAGAAUGAAAAGAAGGUGAAAAAGGUGAAACAUGAUGAACAUCUCUGAAACAAGGUGAAAGAAGGUAAAAAUAUUAAUCUCAUUCAACAUCCAGUUUUUUCACCUAUCUAUCAUAAGGGCUGAAUUCAAAAAAUAGAAGGUACUGGGGUUAGUUUAUAAUUACAAUAAAUCUACAAGGUUGAUUCAGAGUUUCAAGAAAUUCACGAUAUUAUUAAUAGAUAAUCCAAGUGUAAUUUUGUUAGUGGUACAUAUCACUCCUGUAUUUGAUCCAUAAAUUUUUUGCUUGUACCAGAAGAAAUGUCAUUUAAUCCAAUCUAAACUAAAAAUCUGACCAAAGUGGUUGAGAUUUGAAUUUAUAGAUGACAAAAUAUGGGUAGUGGGUAGUGGGUAGCUGAGAUAUUGCACCAGAGUUUUAUACUUGUUACUGCCGGGCAACAUAACCAGAAAGAAGAUAAGGGAAAGCAAUAUGGAUACGACACCUUUGCGGCCAAACACAUGCUACCUUCUUUGACAUGUAACUUGCUACAAAAUCAUGAAAAUCACACAAGUUUGCCCUGUUUCACCAGCUUCAGCUUCAGGAUCACAAAAAUCACUUCCCCUCACCUUCUUUGACAUCCUCUGGUUAAGGUUACCCCCUGUUCAACGCAUCUUCUUCUAUGAAUUCCCUCAUCCAACCCAUCUCUUCUUCAAUACCCUUCUCCCUAAGCUCAAACAAUCACUCUCUCUUGCACUUGGCCACUUUUUCCCUCUCGCUGGCACCCUCACUUGGCCUCAUGAAUCCAACAAACCCAUCAUCAAGUCCACCAUUGAUGACAGUGUUUCACUCACUGUAGCUGAAUCUGAUGUUGAUUUCAAUCAUCUUUCAGGUACCCAUCAGUGUGAAGCCACAGAGAGUCACCAUCUUUUAUCCAACCUUACCAUAUCAGAUGAAAAAGCUUCAGUCUUGGCCCUUCAGGUCACUCUGUUUCCAAACUCUGGACUUUCCAUUGGAAUCACCUCACACCAUGUUGUUCUAGAUGGUAGAACUUCAACAAACUUUGUCAAAUCAUGGGCUUAUCUAUGCAGCAAGCUUGGAGAAUCAUCAUCAGCAUGUGAUUUGCCUCCUGAAUUGAUUCCUUUCUAUGACAGGGGAAUAAUCAAGGAUCCAUGUGAAUUGGAUACAAAAUAUGUCAAUGAUUGGUUGAAGCAGGGUGGACCCGACAACAGAAGCCUCAUGAUUUGGGAUCUGCAAGUUCCAGAAGGUUCAAGUAGAGGCUUGUUUCAUCUUUCUCGCUCAGAUAUUGACAAGAUCAAGCAAUUAGUACUGUCCAAGCAGAAAGGAGAGAAGAAGAAGAAGAAUCUUCACUUGUCAAGUUAUGUAUGUUCUGUUGCAUAUGCCUGGGUUUGCAAAGUGAAAGCAGAGGAAAUUGAGAACAAGUAUGUGAUGUUGGGUUUGAACAUUGACGGCAGGCACCACUUAGAGCCACCUCUUCCUCCAACAUAUUUUGGAAACUGCACUGGGCUAAGGCUUGCAAUUGCUGAAACAAGAGAGAUAGUGGGAGAAAAUGGAAUGGUUGUGGCUGUGGAAGUGCUGAAUGAGGCUUUGGAAACUCUGAAGGAUGGGGUGUUGAGUGGAGCAGAGAAUUGGUCAUCAUGGUUGCUUGAUGGGCUUGUUCAUUUUGAUGUGAAGACAAUUGGGGUUGCUGGGUCACCAAGGUUUGAGGUUUACAGCACUGAUUUUGGAUGGGGAAGACCAAAGAAGGUGGAGAUGGCAUCUAUAGAUAAAACUGCAGCAUUUUGUCUUUCAGAUAGCAAAAAUGGUGAUGGAAUUGAGAUAGGUUUUGUGUCCAAGAAAGAAGCAAUGGAGGCCUUUACUUCUCUCUUUGUCAAGGGCCUUGCAUAGUUGCAUCUUGAUUCCCCGCAUGUGUGCAGGUAGAUUCAGUUGCUUUGCAGAAGUGGAAUUUCUGUAGCUUUUCAUAUGACAGGUUCUUUUUUUUCUAAUGUUUUCUUCAUGUGGAAUAAUUCAGCAAUUUCGGUACCGAAAAUGAUUAGUGUAGCAGAAAUCUGUAGACACCCGAGUGAUAAAGGAAGAGAAGAUAGAGAAUUAAUGAAUGUGAUUGAUGAAGUCGUAUGAUAAGAAAAGAGAAAUACAGAGAAAAAUGAGAGGUUUGUUA